AGUGACGGAUUUUGACAAGCUAUCACUCGGAAAAUAUUACAAUUUCUAAUGUUUGUUACAAGUUUUCGCACUCAAUUUUCGAACACCCUUGCCAUUGACGAUUAUAUAUAAGCACUUCCGAAGCAAGCAUCAUUUUCAUCAUCACUUUCAACCAAUUCGAUAGUUUGGUAUGUUUUUGGUAUGUGGUAUGUUUCGGCAGUAUUAUUUCAGGUGUGCGAAGGGUGUUUGUGUGGAGUGCAGAUUAGUGUCUAAAAUUUGCGACAUUUACGGCCUCUAUUUUAUCUAAUAACUGUGUAUUUUCUCGCCGCAAUUGUUUCAGCUAACGCCUAUUUUUUUCAACUACGAAAGAACGCCUUUGAGUCUCAAAAAGAUGAAGAUCGCGCUGGACAACUUCAAUACGUACCUUGAAAGAUCGGGCACCAAAUACGCCGCAUCAGAUCACGUUACCAUCGCAGAUUUCCAAUUAGUGACGGCAACCAUGUGCUUGGAGGCUAUCAAUUCGAAUAUUAUAUCGGACUAUCCCUUAGUAAAACGGUGGUACCACACCUAUAAAGAGGAAUACCCGCAGCUGUGGGCUAUCGUCGAGAGCGGAUUGAAAGAGCUCGCUCAUUUCGCGGCCAAUCCGCCUCAGUCACAUGGAGCACCCUAAUCAUCCCGUAAGGAAAUGAAUUUUUUUUCAACGUUCAACAAAAACGGACGAAAAAAACAAAAUGUAACAAAACGUCUAUAAAAUAUAAUAAUGUAUAUUGAA